AGUGAUUCGGGAGAAUGAAGAUCUAAAAAAUGUUAUCCAUAAGCUCAACAUACAACUCAGUAGAUACCAAGCCAAAUACGCCCCUCCACAGAAAGGGGAUCCCCCUGGUCUACCUUCCAGAGGAAGUACCCCAAGAUGGCUGACAGACACCAAGUACCUCUCCCUCUCAUCACCGCCUACGAGGCUCAACUCAUGGAGAAGGAGGAGGAGAUCCAGGCAAAUGUGGAGGAGGUGGAGGAGCUCAGAAGGAGUGCAGAGGAGGUGAUCAGGGAGAACCAGAGACUCCUUCGGAAGUUAGAGGAGACCGGAGGAGGGGCAGGGCCGAAAGCAAGGCAUUCAGAGAGCUGGUUGAAUGAUAUUGAAGAACAAGCUAGACUGGUCCUGGAAGAGAAUCAAGUGGUCCUAGAACAAAUGGACCUUCAACAAAAGAAACUCCAUGAUCAACAGAGGAAACAUGCUCAGGAAACAAUAAGACUGACAAAACGCCUCACCAUGGUAGAAUCAGAGAAGAAUAGCAUGGAGGGUGAGCUUUCGGAGCUACAGAUGAAAUAUGGCGCCCUCAAGGACCAGCAUGAGAGAUCGGUUCGAGAGGCAGAGAGUCAGAUGCCAGUUCAGGAGCAUCUUGAUACCAUUGCAGAAUACAAGAGGAGUAUGCAUGACAUGAAGCGGCAGGUGGAAGCCGAGACGGAGAACACUCUUUCCAGAUUGACAGCGGUCGAGACAGAAAAACAGAGUGUUGCAAUGAGAGUAGCUGAUUGCCAAGCAGAGAACAGCCAAUUGAAAGGAGAGAUACAGGCAAUGCAGAAAGCUCAAAAACGUUUACAACACAAGCUGACAAUGUUAGAGAAAGAGCUGUCUCAUUCACAAUCCAGAGAGCAGGCAGCCAAUCAGCAUCUAAAUAGAGUCCUGGAAAUAGCUGAACAAACGGCAGCUGAGAGAGAUUCAUUCAAAAGAUGCUGA